AUGUCACAAGCUUCCACAUCAUUCGACCUCUAUCUUUGUCGUCCUUCACUCAGCUCGACAGGUUUCCCGCCUGAAGGCGGUCGCACCUACGACCUUGUCAAAGACCUCCUCAAAUCAGAGCUCGAAGGCCACGUCAUCUUCGAGGCCGACCUGAACAUUCAAUGGAGUGCUAGCAUUUUCCACCAAUUGGUUCUGAAAUCUUCGUUGAAGAUCAAGGAUGUUACAGGGAUCACAUACUACGGCCGAGAUAAUGGGCCACGGGUGUAUGUCCGGGGCGCGUGGAGCUUCAAUCGCCAAAAAAAGCCUAAAUUUAACGAUCAGACCGACGAUUCUGGGUCAAGCGACUACAAUCAUACAUCCACCAACACAGAUACAUACGUUGACACAGAUGCUGAGACCUCAGAUCCGGGGAUAACCUCUCAGGAUACGGACGCCACCUGGAGCCGCGAUGAAUACGAUGGCACCCCAAACCUAGGAUCGAAGAGGGGACGUAAAGCGUCAUCGACCGAGAAAGACUUGCAGUACCUUUUCAAAGCCAUUCAGUAUGCCCUGCGCCGUAAAUCGCACAUUCGAGCCAAACUUUCCUUCGAAAUAUCGGACAUCGAACGAUACUGGUCUGCAGAGUUUUCUAACUCACCGAUACCAGACCCCUAUAAUGCACAAAAGCCUGACCUCGCUUUAUUCUAUUACAAGAGUAAAGCUUGCGUGAAAGCGUGGACAGACGUCCUGAGCUUUGUCGAGCAUACGUACUCUGACUUUGGCAAGAGGCGUGAUUUAGGAGUGUACUGGGGGUCUACCAAUAAAGCUUAUCUCAUUAUGCGAGACCAGCCCUGGCGUCGCUUCGUCGUCUCAUUCUCUAUAUGUGCGGAACAGCUUCGCGCCCAUUAUUGCGACCGCUCGGGCCUCAUCAUAACUCUUCCGACUCCCAUCCAAUCGUGCCCCACCGAUGUCGUCGAUACAAUAGCUACCCUCUCGUUAGCGGAUCCGAGCCUUUUGGGUCUCGACCCCACCAUCCAUAUGUGCAUAACUUCGUGCAAGGGCACUCAUACCGACCUAGUAGAGGGGGCAAUCGGUUGGGUAGAUAACAAUUUUAAAAGAAGAUACACGAUUAUGGCUGUUUUGUGGAAGAGCCAGGGUCUAUUUUGUCGCGGAACGGUUUGCUACCGCGUUUGGGAUCCUGUAGACGGGAAGGAAUAUGCGAUGAAGGAUUGUUGGGUGACUGAGGCGAAGAGAUACCACGAAGCGGACGUCCUUGAGAGGGUCAAGGGCAUCCCUAAUGUGGUCCAACUCAUAGACCAUUGGGAUGUCCUGUUCAAUGGAGAGCCCGACUGCACAUCCCGCAUCCGAGAUGGAUAUGGUAUCCUGCUUGAGAACAGACCGGACAAGAGGUUCUGUAACAGGUAUCACCGGCGCCAUGUCUUGAGCCCCUGCGGAGAUCCGUUAUGGGAUUUCAGCUCCAGAAAGGAACUGAUUUGCGCCUUUCGUGACUUCGUUGUCGCUCAUGAAGCGAUGAUAAAACGACGAGUUUUACACGGAGACCUUAGCCCAAACAACUUCAUAAUCCAUCACGGUAUCGGGUACUUCAUCGAUUUUGACCACGCGUCAAUCAUAAAGGAAGGCGAAACAUUCACAGUCUCGUUCGGUACUGGAACUAUACCAUAUAUUUCUAUGCGCAUUUUGAAGAAGAUGUCAAAGAACGCCGACAUCAUCAAGAAGUCCAAGACGAACACCGACGCAAAUAAUAAUAACAUUAACAGCAUCACUCAGCUGGAACUGGUUGAACACAACCCCAGUGACGACCUUGAGUCACUUUUCUACAUUUUUUUCGAAUUCGUUUCGAAGUACGGCGGGACACACGGUAAACUUGCUUUGACUUGGGAUAAGACGAAUAUGCCGUGGGCCGAUGCCUAUGAGAAUUUGGGCGGUACAAGCAGUUUGCUUGCCACAUUUUUGGCGAAGAAGGGAGCUAUGUCUGAAGGUGAUAUCCUGAUUGAUAGGGUAUCCGACUACUUUGCAGACUUCAAACCUAUCGUUGACGAAUGGCGCACUCGAAUUAAUCACAUGGCGUCAAAUGCCGAAGAAAUCAUCGUUCACGACCAUAUCUUUCAAAUGCUUGUCGGAUUCAUUACGAAACUUGACAGUAGUAAAGAAGAAACCCCAUUGGACUCUCCGCUCCUUCCUGUAGCUCCUUUGAGUGCCCCAACUACUCAUCGUACCGGGGCUCCCCCCGGGCCUUCCCUACGACGUUCAUUGCGACUCAGCACAGGCCGGACCUAA